UACUAAAAGUCUCUCUUUACAAUUAAAAAUAACUAAUCUUGUUCAAACAAACUUGAAUUUUAUGGCCACUUUAUCACUAACCUUGCAGGAAACCAACAAGGAAUAUCCCCAUCCUAAGUCCAAACAUAGAUCUCCAUACUAAUAUCAAAGCUAUAUAUAUAAUAAAUAACUCCAUGACAAAUUAGUAAGUUACAACUAUAGAAAGUAGAAACCACAUGAAAUGAACAUCAACUCCAAGACAACAAACAAGAGGUUCAUGUAUGGAGUAUCAAUUAGCAAAUAGCAAUCCUCCAUCCAACUUGCUCAAUUUCUUCAAUAGAUAAAUAAAGAGAAAAAACAGGAAGAAAUUGAACUUGUGGCAUCCUAUAACCCAUAAUAAUAUUGUGGUAGAGACUUAUUCUUGUGUUAUCUUUUCAUGCCCUAAAAACACAAACCAAAAAUCAAUUCUUUCAAUUUUCACCCUAAUUUUUCUCCUUCUAAAAACACUAAAAGACUCCUCCUUUUUUUCUUGGAGGGUCUUACUCUCUCACAAUACCCAAAAACUUUCAUAAUGGCUAGUUGGGUACUAUCUCAAUGUGGGAUUAGACCUCUCCCUAAAAUUUACCCUAAACCCAUUUCAGGAUUUUCCUCAAAUCCCAUAAAAAUUAAACUUAUCCCUGUUUUUUCAGAUCCAAAAUCCCCUUCAUUGAUUAUUUCUUGUUGUUCAAUACCAAAUUCAUUUUCUAGGGAUAAGAAAUGGGAGGUUAAUGUUACCGCACCUUUAAGGGUUGCUUCUCCUUUUCCUACUGAAGAUGAAAAUGUUGAUAAAGUAAAUAACUUUGCUAAUGGGGUUGAUGAAUUUGACUAUGGUGCACCACCUCCAUUUAAAUUGGCUGAUAUUAAGAAUGCAAUUCCUAAACAUUGUUGGGUAAAAGACCCUUUGAGAUCUAUGAGUUAUGUUGUUAGAGAUAUUGUUAUUGUUUUUGGAUUGGCUGCUGCUGCUUCUUUCUUCAAUAAUUGGCUUGUUUGGCCUCUUUAUUGGAUUGCUCAAGGCACCAUGUUUUGGGCUCUUUUUGUUCUUGGUCAUGAUUGCGGACAUGGAAGCUUUUCCAAUAAUCAUAAGCUUAAUAGUGUAGUAGGUCACUUACUUCAUUCUUCAAUCCUUGUUCCAUAUCAUGGAUGGAGAAUUAGUCAUAGAACUCAUCAUCAAAACCAUGGGCAUAUUGAGAAUGAUGAAUCAUGGCACCCAUUGUCUGAAAAAAUAUACAACAGUUUGGAAUCUUCUACAAAGAUCUUAAGGUUUACCUUCCCAUUUCCCUUGCUUGCAUACCCAAUUUAUCUGUUUACUAGAAGUCCUGGAAAAACAGGCUCACAUUUUCAUCCAGAUAGUGAUUUGUUUACUCCAAAUGAGAAACAUGAUAUUGUAACCUCCACAGCAUGUUGGUCAGCAAUGGUUGCAUUGCUUGUGGGGUUAUCUUUUGUCAUGGGACCUAUUCAAUUGCUCAAGCUCUAUGGUAUCCCUUAUGUGAUAUUUGUCAUGUGGUUGGACUUGGUAACUUACUUGCAUCACCAUGGCCAUGAUGAUAAACUUCCAUGGUACCGCGGUCAGGAAUGGACUUACCUCCGAGGAGGGCUUACAACACUAGACCGAGAUUAUGGAUGGAUAAACAAUAUCCAUCAUGAUAUUGGAACUCAUGUCAUCCAUCAUCUUUUCCCACAAAUCCCACACUAUCAUCUCAUUGAAGCAACUGAGGCAGCCAAGCCUGUUCUUGGGAACUACUACCGAGAACCAAAAAAAUCCGGACCUCUUCCACUAUACUUACUUGGCGUUCUCUUAAACAGCUUAAAUAAAGAUCAUUAUGUUAGCGACUCUGGAGAUGUCGUCUAUUAUCAGACAGACACUAAUCUGUAAUCUAACAGAUUGAAUAACUACAGCAAAUCGAUUCUUUGGGAUCCUUACUAUGAUGUCAGAUAUCAUAAUAAACUCUGAGUAUUGGAAUUACAAGCAUGAUGGAUCCAUUAUUCCGUUUAGUUUUUUGAUUAGUCAUAACGUGUUUGAGUAAUGUCGCAAAAAUGGCAUUCGGGAUUUGUUAAUGUUCCCUGGUUUUGUACGCGAGUGAUAGAGAAGAGGGCUCGUUUGCAGAUGGAUUGAAUCAUCGUGAUAGGGCUGGGGUGACGGUUAGCAAAGUACACGAAUCGUUCGUGUUCUUUGUUAAGCUGUUUUGAAUUACAAAUUGUUUGAACAUCCAUUGUAUAGAUCAUUUGAAAUACUGGUAUUCGGUCAAGAAAUAAGUUCUGUUACAAUUUUGGAAAGUAAAGCAGCCAUUUCACUUGUUCUGGUU